AUGCGAGAAGUCAGCUCCCCGUCCCAACGGAGUGGAAGUGUCUCCUCCAUCACCCCCCUGCGAUCCGCCAAGAGGGGCAAGAAGGAUCGCAAGUCGCUUUCCCAAUCUCCGAUGCAGUUCAGUGCUGCUUCCUUCAAGGCAUCUGAUACUGAAUUCGCCAUCAGCAUCCCCUUGUUGAACAAGCAAGACCGUCUGCUCGCUGUCCAGCGACUACAGAAGUCCUUCGAGCCCCUGCGAGCGCUGCUGAGCGCGAGAGCAAGCAAGAAGAGGGUGACGAGGGUGAAGGAAAGAAAGAGGAAAAGGCAGAGCUCUGAGAUGGUCGAGGACGAUCCACAGCCCGACGAUAAGGUGACUCGUGUACGGGCCGAGGAGCUCGGCGAUUUUCUUGGCUCACUGUUCUGUGUUGGGCUGAAUGAAGUGACGAGAGCUCUCGAGCGGGAUAAACUCGCUCUCGUGAUCGUCUGCAAAGACUCAAAGCCCUCGUUUAUAGUACAUCACCUCCUUGCUGCUGCAGCUGUGCGCAACACUGUUAUAUGCAGCAUAGGGGAGACGAGCUUGUCAUUGGGAGAGUUAUUCGGAUAUCCUUCAGCGCUGGCCGUUGGCUUCUUCAAGGACGAGUUCUUGCAAGAACAGGCUUGCGAGCGAAAUAAGGAGGCGUACGACGAGUUCAUGACGAUCGUUCAGUUCCUCAGGUCAAGAGCUCCAUCGCUCGACAUGCCCUGGAUGAAGUGA